GUCUCUACCUAGGGCUGCCCGGCCUGGAAGACGCGGCCACAGUCGGACCCGCGCGAUACCCUCGUUUCUGGCCCAUCACCCCUUUGCUUCCUAUUUUCUGUUGUCAUUCGAGGCAGCUUCCGUGGUCAGUUGUGUCACAGGACGCUCAGGAGAAGCGGUUGGCGAAAGGUGCAAGCCUUGCGCCUCGCGGGCCACAGCUGUCAACACCUGCCACGAACCCAUCCCAGCAGCAGCAGAGGACUGACAUCAUUCAACAUUGUCGGCAACGUGGCCAGUCUCCUGAUCAUAUAACGUUUCCGUCGGUCGUGGCCUCAUUCACAAUACUGGAGCGUGCGAUAUGAGUGGCUCGGGGUACAACGACCCGGAGAAGCUGGCAGCUGCCCUGGAGCUUGCCCGCAGCUUCAAGUCGGGGGGUGACACCAAACAUCGACGCGGCAACCAGACCGGCAGAGCAGCUGCGUCGAGAAGAGCACCUCAACCCACCCAGCAAAAGUCGGCCGCCCACAUUUCGCAACCCUCGAAUAUUUGCGGCCCGCCGCCUCCAAGCCAGCGGCAGUACGCCGGCCUCGGCAGAUUUGGGGAGCAGAGCGCCAACUACGGAGAAUCACCUGUGCUCGGCAGCUCUGCUGCAGACUUUCUACGUCGUGUCGACGAUGAGGAUCCCGCAAAAUCGGCAAACAGGUUGCCAGCUAUAGAGCGGGGACCAGCAGGCAAGAACAGUGGCCCCCCCCUGAACCAGAUGUCAAUGCCCACAUGCAGAUUUGAAGAGCAAAAGCCGGAAGAUGCCCUACCUGGAUCUGUCCUAGACACAUUCUUCUUCUUAGUGAACGGAGGCCAGCUACCGAAUGAAGAGCAGCAGCAUCAGGCAGAACCAACAGAGGACUCAACCGAGAAGUCGGCUCCUGUCGACCAAUCUACGGCGGCGAUGGAAGACUUGACAAUGACCUCUCCUGCUUCUACGGUCAGGACAGCGCCUGCGAAGAAAGUUACACUUGAAAAGGUUUCGGCGAACGAGCCUGGCGACUCACCAAAAGAAGUGGGAAGGCCGGACAGCUCAACGACGGCACGGGCAGAUACGAAACUCUCUCCGCAGGCUGCGAGUUUUAUCCCAAAACGAACCCUAUAUUCUGGCAUCAACAGCCAGGCACAUACCGCAGUUGCCUCGACGGCCGAGCAGAAUCUAGAGUGGAACACCCAAAGCUUUGCCAACAACGGCAUGGGCCAGAACCCCAUACCUCCACUGUCAUUCAACAUUCCUGCGCCGUCCGCCAAUCCUUUCUUGCCUACAACUGUUCAUUCGUGCGAGCCACAGGUACAAGCACAGCAUGUCGAAGCUGCAGGAUCACCGCCAACUCGGUCCGCAAAGACCAAGGGCCCCCGAAACGGUCUUCAGUCGUCUAAGUGGGCGGCCUAGGUGGAUAGUGGCCCUCACAGCGGAUAGCAUGAGGGGCAGCUGGGGUUGAUGGAUCAAUGCGAAGGCUGGGGACUAAUCGAUGCUGUACAUGGCGUUGAAGAAGAUAGCGACUGUAGAGUGGCAUACGACGGAAAGUUUUAUGAGUUGUAGUAUUGGCGCCUCGUCAAAAUCCGUCGGACUAUAAUGUACCUCAACAUGGAAUCUACAGGAAUCGGUUUGUUG